CAUCGGAUGCUCGCGCUCCUCGCGCAGGCGCAGCAGCAGCCGGCUCCCGCUCCCCGCCCCGCUGCCGCUCCCCGCCAUGGAAAAUUCGUGGAUUAUGACUGGGGUGGGACUCGUUAAAAGAAUAAGAAACGCCAGUCACUUGAUCCGUCUUCGACUUGGCGAAUUGGUUGCGGAACCAUACAUCAAGUGCCCCAACUGUGAACGUGGCAUUGACACUAGUAACGUUUCUUUAGUGUGGCCAGAACUUCCUGCUGGUGUCAAAUUUGAUCCGUCAGAUUUAGAACUCCUUCAGCAUUUACAAGGAAAAUACAGCCUGCAGAAUUCGAAUUCCCCUGCACUUAUUGAUGAAUUUAUACCUACUAUAGAAGAGAUGGGGGGAAUUUGCUAUACACAUCCCAAAAAUCUCCCCGGUAUAAAGAUGGAUGGUAGCAGCCUCCAUUUCUUCCAUAAAGUAUCAAACGCAUAUGGCUGUGGUCAUCGCAAGCGUCGCAAGAUUAGUGGCAACGAUGGCAGUGUUUGUGAUGAGCACAUGAGAUGGCAUAAGACUGGAGCAUCCAAACCCAUAUAUGACGAGAAUGGUUUCAAGAAAGGCUGGAAGAAGAUCUUAGUUCUUUAUAAAGGUUCUAAGAGAGGUGGCAGCAAGAUAGAUAGAGACAAUUGGGUGAUGCAUCAGUAUCAUCUUGGUGCAGAUGAAGAUGAAGCGGAUGGUGAACUGGUCGUCUCCAAAGUAUUCUACCAAUUGCUAUCAAAGAAAAUUGACAAGUCUAAAAUGGAUGAUGUUGAACAAGAAUCUGAGCCAUCUGCUGCAAAAAUCGAUCCUAGAACCCCAAAUUCUGAGCCAUCUGCUUCAAAAAUCGAUCCUAGAACGCCCAAAACCGAUCCUCCCCAGCCCCAUCUCCCGAGCAACAGCCCAUGCGACACCGAGCAGUAUACCCCCAUUCAGGUGGAUCAGGAGGAAGACGAAUGUGGCACAUCCGUUCGCCGGGUGAAGGUUGAAGCAGCCGAAUGCUCUGCAUGGUUUGCUGAAUUACCACCAGCUGUUGUAGUUGCGGACCUUCCCGCCUCAGAUAAACCGAGGCAGCUCAGGGAUGCCCCUCCUGUAGGCUCUGAACCUGAAGCAAGAAUACCCGUCAAUGGUUCUAACACGGACCUGUUUGAUGGGUUGCCUGAUCUGGAUCUUACUUUUCCAUGUCUUGUAACACCAUCAGAUAGUGUCAGUUUAGCUGACAUACAGUUCGGCUCACAGGAUAGCUUCGGGGGCUGGCUGGAUAGCUUCAAGUUCUACUGACGCCAAGGCUUGGAGCUAGAAGCAGAGGCACUGCUGGAAAUAAAGUGCCAAUUUUGUUUUAUGACUUUGCUGCGUCUGAAUCCUCAGCUCAUGAGAUGCUUCUUCGUUUCGUUGUGUAACUUUGCAGCGUGCAAGCCUGCAAAUUCAGCAUCUCGUGGGAAAUUUUGUACAGUAGUAGUGGUAGAACCGAGAGAGGUUCCCAGACAAACAUCCCGUCUAAGCAACUGUAUGUCGUAGCCAUGUUGUUGUGUGAUGCGUAGUACAUCUUAUAAGUGUAGUGUUGACGAUGUUUAGUCCACCUCAAAAGAUGAAAAAAAAUGUUGUGUAGUUAAUUCGAGCUA